AUGAAUAUUAAUCAAAAUUUACAAAUCUCCCCAUUUCAAACUUCAAAUCAAUAUCCAUCAAGAAUGUAAAGCUCUUUUAUGUAUUAAUCUCAAGGACUAUCAUCGAUUAGAUCUCCCCCAUUAAAGAUAUCAUACCGCAAUUCCCAAAUAGACCAAGUCAAAAUUAAACAAGAAAUAGUGCCAGAGAAAAACCUUAAUUAAUUACUACAAAAUCACAAACUUGUAUUUAAAGUGAAACUAACAAAAUUAAGAAAAAAUCCAUCUUAUUAGAUGAUGAUGAAGAAGAACCAACCAAUAAUAUUGCUAAAGCUAUUAAUCUCUUAGAUUCAUUGAAACUCAAAUACGAUAAUGUUCUUGAAUCAAAAAUUGAAACUAUUAUCAGCAUCCUCAGAGCAUAAGUCUUCGAUAAAGAAAACUGUCAUCCUGACUAAGAAUUAAUUUAGUCAAUAACCUCUUUAUAAUUGGCCAAUAAAAAGCUUUAAAAUGAAUUACAAUUCAAAAAAAAUUCAAUCUCUGAGUUAGAAUCUACCAUCAAUAAACUAAAUAAUUAGAUUAAGUAGCUAUCGUAACACAACUAAGACUUAACCAAUGAUAAUUAGAAGCUCAUGUAACAAUUAAAGUAAAAAGAAUAAAAACAAGCAAAAAUUCCUGUUUUUUAAGCAUAAGAGCAUUUAUCUAAUAUCGAGAUUGUUCCUCAAUCUUAAUAUGAUUAACAAUUUUAUUUAAAAAAUAAAGGGCACACAAUUCUCAAACAGAGAAUAGAAUCAAUAAGUAAAAUGUUAAAAUUAAAGGUUAGUUAUGCCCUAUUCAAGAAGGGAUUUACAAUAACCCUUAAAAGUGAAUGAUAGCAAAUAAUUAAGAAAAUAAAAUGAUAGUCUCAUUUAGAGCAAUAAAUAUUUGGAAAUCAAGAACUAAAAUACAAGUAAAUUGUACGAAAAAUAAUUAAUCUCAAUUUGA